AUGAGCUCAGAUGACUCCCAUGGAGUGCCCCGUCACCCUGGUAUAAGCAAACCAAGAGUAUGGGCGGUGGAAGAUGCUGCACUACCACCAGUAGCGUUUAAUGUGCAAUGCUCUAAAUAUUUUACGCUGGAGGAGAAGAACACUGCCUUACGCAAACAGAUCAUACUCAAGGACAGAACGGCUGCUCGACGGAUUCAAAAUGCUCAUGCUAAGGCCAAACUCCGUAGAUGGAAGAGGACUACUACUGGAUCCCUCAGCAAUGCUAAACCACUUCCUCAGUCUCUCGUCACAUUGGCAGUGCUUCCCCUCCCCAACUCAUCUCUGUUCCAUCAAGCAUGCUCCGGAUCGGAGUUGAUCGAUGAGUCCGAUGUACUCCAGUGGGAGAAACCACCACCAUACGAUUCCCCUCCUCCUCCAAACUCACCAGAUGAAGAUCGCUUUACUCGCAAUCUUGUGGACGUCAUGCAUGGCAGACAGUAUCGUUUGGAGAAAGAGACCCGCGCACGUUAUGCUCAAAUAUUUGCAACAGCGAAUGCGGAAGUCAUCCUGCAGGACAUUCAGGUGGCAGAAAGGACACUGAUGGGUAAAUGGAAUGAGCUUAAUGAAGUUGUGAAAGACAUAGGGUGA